CGCCCCUUUUCACUUGACCUGAACCACCAUGGCCGCUGUAGAACCUGCAACGCCACCAAUGAGCUCGCCUACUACAGCUGAUUCGAAGGUCGCAACUACUUCUUUGCGGCCACUGAGUACCAGGCAAGAGCGACGCCUGAUGGAUUAUCUGGACGAGCGCUUACUGAACCUCAUGCGAAAUUAUAAGAAGCGCGCAGAAGAUUCUACGAGCACUCCUACCCUCCAAGCGUACCUUCGCGAGUCUCGCCAAAUAUUGUCCUUGAUCCUCCAAACUCCACCCGUUCAACCUUCUGCUUCCCUCCGCACUGCCUACCUCUUGCACCUCACCAACGACGCACUCUCUGCCAUUCCAGGAUACCCCGCCGAGCUAGAGUCUCUACCCGACCUCCUUACUUGGCUCGACGAACUCGACCGCGCGUGGCAAGUCGUGCUCGCCGGCCAAAUAUGGCAACCACAGGAGCGCAUUGGUGUUGACACCCCAGAGGGUAGCGCUGUGCAGACGCGCAAUCUCAUCACGCAGACUGACCGUACGCGGUUGAAGAGCAUGCUCAUCAGCGGCUCUGCGGUGAUUGAGGAUUGGGUGGGCGAGAUUGUGGCGCAGGACGAUGUCGAUGCGGAGGACAUUGAAAGUAUGCUGCAAAGACUGGGCAUAGCGGAAGGAUCCGUUAGGAUAUUUCCUGGUACACUGGACGAGCUCGAGAGGAUGAGUGGGCUUGGUUGAACUCCGCCUAUGUGUAAAUCAAUUGUAACAUAUUGCGCAUGGCUUCCUGAUUUGGCGGACGUGCCUCUUAGGAACAGCCCUUCGAUAUCGUCGAACAAACCAUCAACUGAGAUCACAAAAGAACACAAAAAGUUUGCAGCAGGCCCGAGCCCCAGCGCGUCUGACGACACGUCCUGGUCUCCGAAGACUAAUUCGGCGAGCCCUGCAGGUUGCAGAAUUGCUUCCCUGGCCUGACAAGGGCAGAUUAUUCCAAGUUCGAGCCAGCGCUUGCGCGCCGGGAAACUGUGGACACCAAAUUUUCUGGAGGGCACGGUCUUGAAACAGCGCGCUCGAGACUUUGACCGGUGAUUAACCCGCCGCAUUCCCGUUGAG